AUGUCUGGUCAAAACGAAUCUGCUGCCUGGCCCAAGGCCGAGGACGGUGCUCUCGUCCAGGAGCUCCUCGACUGCGUCCAGCAGGCCAGCCACUACAGACAGCUCAAGAAGGGCGCCAACGAGGCCACCAAGUCGGUCUCCCGUGGUACCAGCGAGUUGGUCAUCCUCGCUGCUGAUACCCAGCCCUUGAGCAUCGUUCUUCACAUUCCUCUGCUCUGCGAGGACAAGAACGUCCCUUACGUCUACGUUCCUUCCAAGACCGCCCUCGGCCGUGCCUGCGGUGUCUCCCGCUCGGUCAUUGCCGUCUCCCUCACCUCCAACGAGGCUUCCGAUCUCAACUCCAAGAUCCGUGCCCUCCGUGACAAGGUCGAGCGUCUCGCUAUGUAA